GGAGUCAGUCAUAUGAAUGUCCACCAUGAAAAACGUCCUGCUGGCCUGGGUUUUUAUCUCUGUACUCCACACUAAUGAAGCCAUCACGGUCUAUGUGCCCGAGAAGCACUUCCUGUUCCUGGCGUGCAGACGUGGUUCAGAUGUGGAGUGGACACAUGAGAUUGUGAGGAUCAAUGCCACUAAACACAUGAGCAGCGAGUCUCCGCUGGACAGUACUAAAUACCAGCUCCUCCCAGACGGAACGCUCUACAUCAGACAGCUGAUGAAGUUGGAUCGUGGACGGUACUACUGCAAUGGCCGGCUGGUGGCAGAGGUCAUCAUACUCACAGGUGACAGCUUCGUGGCUUCUGAGGGCAGUACUCUGUACCUGCCUUGUUCGUUCUCCGGGAAGCCCAAGCAGAGAUGGGCCUAUAAACACACAGCAGCCUCAAAGCGAGAGUACAUCUCCACCAAGUUUAAGAACGGGACAGUGAAGCAGGAGAGAGAAGAUCCAGACAGCAGGUUCUUUCACACGUACAACCACCUGCACAUCGACAACCUGCAGCUGUCUGACUCCGGCAUCUACCUGUGCAACGGCCACGAGGUCGCUUCUGUUAUGGUCAUCCACACAGCGACGCUGGUUCUUUUCCUGGCGUUCACUGUGCUGGCCGUGGUUGUGGUCACUCUGCUCUCCGUCAUUCUCUGUCUGAAGUUUAGAAGCAGAAGAAAAGAUCCAGCGCCCAGGCAGGAGGACACUGAGCUGCAGCUGAAGAAGACUUCAGGUCGAGUCCGAGCAGGUCCGAAAAGGAGCCCCGGUGAUGAGGAGCAUUCUGUGCCUCUGACAAACCACUGUGAGAUCCAGUAUGCGUCACUGGGACGGCAGAACUGGAGAGCCAGAGGAUGGACACAGGACACUGGACAGCAGGUCAUCUACUCCACACUGCUGCACGGUCCAGCCAGCCCUCUACCCAACUCAUCAAUUACUCAGAGACUCUAG